CCUCACGCCCUCCAGGCCCUUCCUGUACCCUUCACAGGCUGCGGGCAGAGACUGGCAGUGCCGGCCCAGUGACAACUGCAGGACAACGCAAUGUCCCUCUUGUUUACUCGCUCAUCAUCUAUAGUUACCUCGAAGAAAGACAAGAGAUUCAUGGCUGAAGUUAACGCUUCUCCGCUUAAGCACUUUGUUACCGCCAAAAAGAAAAUCAACGGCAUCUUUGACCAACUUGGUUCCUACAUCCAGGAGAGCUUCAACUUUCUAGAUGAAACCUAUCAGAAUGCCCAGCUCGAUCCAGUGGCCUCUGAAGAACAGGUGCUUGAGGUUAAAGGCUAUCUGUCUAACGUCGCUGGCAUCAGUGAGGUUCUGGCUCGGCGGCACAUGAAAGUGGCUUUUUUUGGCAGGACCAGUAAUGGGAAAAGCACGGUAAUAAACGCCAUGUUAUGGGACAAAGUCCUCCCUUCUGGCAUCGGACACACAACCAACUGUUUCCUGCGUGUUGAGGGGACAGAGGGAAACGAGUCCUAUCUUUUUACUGAUGGAUCAGAGGAAAAACGAAGUGUGAAGACGGUGAACCAGCUGGCUCACGCUCUUCAUCAGGACGAGCUCUUGGAUUCAGGAUCUCUGGUCAGUGUCAUGUGGCCAAACUCCAAGUGUUCCCUCUUGAAAGAUGAUCUAGUACUGAUGGAUAGCCCAGGUAUUGAUGUUACCACAGAGCUAGACAGCUGGAUUGACAAGUUUUGCCUGGAUGCAGAUGUCUUUGUGUUGGUGGCAAACUCUGAAUCUACACUAAUGCAGACAGAAAAACAGUUUUUUCACAAAGUAAAUGAGCGUCUAUCACGGCCCAAUAUUUUUAUUUUGAAUAAUCGAUGGGAUGCGUCCGCCUCUGAGCCUGAAUAUAUGGACGAGGUGCGCCGGCAGCAUAUGGAGCGCUGUACCAGCUUCUUGGUGGACGAGCUGGGUGUCCUGGAUCGAACCCAGGCAGGAGAUCGCAUUUUCUUUGUGUCCGCUAAGGAGGUUUUAAAUGCCAGGAUGCAGAAAGCUCAAGGAAUGCCUGAAGGAGGUGGAGCUUUGGCUGAAGGUUUCCAAGGCAGGAUGUUUGAGUUUCAGAAUUUCGAGAGGAGAUUUGAGGAAUGCAUUUCUCAAUCCGCAGUAAAGACCAAAUUUGAGCAGCAUACAAUGCGAGCCAAACAUAUUACAGAAGUCCUUCGCCAGAUAAUGGAGUCCGUACAUGUCGCGGCCCAGGAGCAGAGGGUUUACUGUCUGGAAAAGCGAGAGGAAUUCAGGGAUCGCUUGGAAUUCAUUGAAAAACAGCUUGAGCUGCUGACCGAGGAUUAUAAACUGAAAAUCAAGCAGAUCACGGAUGAGGUGGAACGUCAGGUGUCCAACGCAAUGGCCGAAGAGAUCCGUCGUCUCUCAGUCCUAGUUGAUGACUUUGAAAUGGAUUUCCAUCCGUCCCAAGUUGUAAUUAAAGUUUACAAGAACGCGCUACAUCACCAUGUCGAAGAAGGACUUGGCCGGAAUUUGACUGAUCGCUGUUUAAGUACAAUAUCUGUGUCACUCCAGUCUACGCAGCAAGAAAUGAUGGAAGGAAUGAUGCCUCUCCUUCCACUCACUGCGCGGUCCCAGGUCGAUUUACUGGUUCCCCGGAAAAGCUUUUUUCUCAGCUACGAUCUGAGCUGUGACAAGUUAUGUGCAGACUUCCAAGAAGACAUUCAGUUUCACUUCUCCCUGGGAUGGACGAUGCUGGUUAACAGAUUCCUGGGACCAAAAAAUGGUCGCAGAGCUUUGAUGGCCUACAAUGAUCAGGUUCCUCGCAAUAUGCCUUUGACCCCUGUAAACCCCAGUAUGCCUCCAAUGCAGCAAAACUCUAUGACCCAGGAAGAACUUAUGGUUUCCAUGGUUACCGGUUUGGCCUCACUUACGUCCCAUACCUCUAUGGGCAUCCUUGUGGUGGGAGGGGUGGUCUGGAAGGCUGUGGGCUGGAGACUCAUCGCUUUGUCUUUUGGCCUCUAUGGGCUCCUGUAUGUAUAUGAACGGCUCACUUGGACCACGAAGGCAAAGGAACGCGCCUUUAAAAGGCAGUUUGUGGAAUAUGCGUCGGAGAAGCUGCAACUGAUAGUCAGUUACACUGGCUCAAAUUGCAGCCACCAAGUGCAACAGGAGCUCUCUGGGACAUUCGCUCACUUGUGCCAGCAGGUUGAUGUGACUCGGGAGAACUUGGAGCAGGAUAUCGCUGCCCUGAACAAAAAGAUAGAGAUUCUGGAUAGUUUACAGAGCAAAGCAAAACUAUUACGAAAUAAAGCGGGCUGGCUAGACAGCGAACUCAAUAUGUUUACUCACCAGUACUUACAGCAGAGCUGAUCCUUCAUCAAGUACAGAAGAACCCAAGAGGACACUCAGACACUGUGUACAGGAAAUACCCGAAUGCAGACGGAGAGUGGGGGCAGGGGCCCUUCUUGCCAUUUGGCAAAAGAGUGAAUUUAAGCUGCAAAUGUAGGGCAAACUCUCACCCACCUACUCUAGAACCUUUCUUACGGUAUAACUGUGGUAUUUGGUUGCUUUUGGUUUUUUUGGUUUUGUUUUUUUAAAUUCAUAUUUUAUGUUAUAUGAAUUUGACAAAGUUUCUGUUCUUCAAUCUCUGCCGUUUCUCUAAUCUGUGUUUAGGCUUCUGUGCCAAGCAGGAGUGCCGCAAUGGAUGCUGGGAAAGCAGGUUGUUGUUCCAUAAAGUGCUUUUAGUCACACGUGUUUAUCCUAAGACAGAACCUGAAAUGUAAAUGGUGAUUCACAUGGUUAUAUUGACAUUAUGGACAUCAGUUUUAUGCUGUCCUUGUUGGUGGCCUCCAUAUACAGGAAAUGUGGUUCACAGAUAUCAGCAGUGCAAAAAGCAGCCAUCAUUGCUCUAGAUGAAGUCACACCGCAAUGUGGUGUCAGGGGCUGUUAAAGUCAUAUUUAUGUCUGCCCUAUUGGAAUCUGCUGCAUUCAGUUUAAUUUUGCUGUAUGCUCUGCAUCAAGGUAGGAAAGUAAAUCCUGAAUUGAAUAUAACAUAUAUUUGACUAAUAAACAGUCAGCAACGUAGGAUUAUUUGAUAAAGACUACCUUCGUGUCUUACCAAUCUGAUAUUAAAAAUCACCCCUCGGGGCACUUGGCACUCAGUGGAUAAAAUGAAAUUUCAUAAUUUUGUGAUACAUUUUUUAAAAGUUAUGCAGUAUUCUGUUUGUUUCAGUCUUUUGAUAUUUUCAUAGGUAGCAGUUUUUUUGCCUUACAUGUUUAGAAAUAUUCCCUUGCCUCUGUUUAUCUCGAGACAUUUUAAGAGUUUAUAAGUGAGCUCAGAUAUACAGGAAGAAGAAGUCACGAAUGCUGCUGUUGGGGAUGUCUUGGAAGGAAAUCUCUUAAUAUAAUAUUUUGGAUAUUUAACCCCCCACCCCCAUAUUACUAUCUACAUGUUUUCUGUAUUAAAAGCAUUAGGUUACAAAAUCACAAGGUAUGUUCAUAUACAAAUUCACAACACCACGGUUUGCAAAAUCAAGAAAAUGCUUUUUUACUUUGGUCUUUACAAAACUUGUCUACUUUCCUAUCCUCAUUGCUGCCACCAAAAUGCUUUGUGGGUUACACAAUGCUGAAAACAGAGUUUAAACAUUAAUGCAUUCACUGUGGAAGCAAAUGGACAAUUGCUGCUCAUUGCUCCAAUUUAAUAUUUUGCACCAGAAUUACACAUUAUAAAUACCCCAACUGAUGCCAAAGUAGAAUCUAUUUCUAUUCUAGGGCUAGGUCUAUUUAAGGUUUUACUUAUCAUUAAGAAGUUAAUUAUUUCUUCAAACCUUGAAAACUUCCUGCGACUAUAACUGUACCUCUGCCUCCUAUAAAAUGCCUUUAUCAGUAAUCCCAACACAGUCUAUUUGUGGUCGGUUCAGUAAGGCAACGUAUGUAGGUUUGUUCCAUAGACAGUGAUGUGUUAGGCUUGUAGUAAAGUAGUGGAAAGGAUUUGCAUAGCAUUUGCUAAUUAUGCUAAUCUAUUUGCAGACAUGAUGUUCUAUGCAUGUUGUAUCACGCUUGUUGGUAGCACGUGUAAAGGAAAAUGACUAUAAAACUAAUGUUCAAGGUUAAAGCCUUAAGCCUCUUUCUGGUUUUAUAAGCAGGUAUUACAAUGUGAUGCUUUAGACUUAAAGAAAUCCUCUGUCUCAUUUUCUCCAAAUUAAGUCUAUACCCACUGUAUAUACACUGCUAAAAAUGUAUUCUCUUACACCCCUUCUAGAAAGCACUAUCACUACUAAUGCAAAGGAAACAGUCUCCUGUACCAUAAUAUGGCUGUAGUCACAUAUUCUAUGUAAUGUUUCCAUGGGGAGAGUUGAAAAGCCUAUUAAGUUGAAAAUACAUAAUUUACUUGCAAAAUAUUCAAUUCAUUGGGCCAUCUUGUAUGAAUGGAGAUAAGGUGAAGUCUGGUAAAAAAAAUAAUAAGUCUAUUGGAAAAUUGCGAUCUUGUUACAAGAGCUAAGAUGUGUCUAUGGUCUGCUAAAGAGAACUAAGAUAUGUGUCUCCUUUUGGUAUCCGAGAAUGAAUUACCUAGAAGGAAAGAAAAGAGGUAAUGCUUGAUUAAAUUGCACUUUAUUUUCUAGAAACCAGUACUUGAUUAUUUAUCUUUAUGCCUAUAAUUUGUUUUGUGUUUUUUCUUUUUUUGCAAACAAAUGUAUUUAAUUUCUUGUGACCUGCAUGUCUAUUGUACCAAAUGCCAAUA